AGAAAAGCACUCAUACAGUUGGCCAUUAAAAAUCAAACUUCACAAAGCACCCACUUCCCAACCCUUCCUUCCAUUUUUUCAUCCACACCCUUUCACAUUUUCACUCCUGAAUCCAGAGUCAAAAGAAUCAGAAUGUGAAUUGCAGAGUUCUGAGAUUCCCUCAGCUUCCUAUGCCCGCCCUCCCCCAACCCCCUUCCAUACGGAAUUUCACGGCAAAACAUUUUGGAGUCUCAGAAUCUGCCAGCCGUCAAAAGCGAGGGGCACUGGAUAGCCAGUUUCUAUAUUUGGUAAGCUAUCUUCGGCUGUCCUGCUCUCUCAAGUCAUCAGAAAAGAUCCGAGACCAAUCAACAGUAGAAAGGCACGAGAAAUCUUAAUUCAGAGGUUGUAACAUUUGAAAACAAAAAGGACUUUGCUAUGUAAGGACACCAGCUAUCUAGCUAACUUCCAUCCCCUUUCCUGCAAAAUAGAGGAAGCAUUAGUUGGUUGAGCGCGUGCCCACACACUCAAAAAGAGUUUGUAGCUAGAGCUUACCAUCUCGGUAUCUCCCAUAGUCAGAAACACAAUUUGUUGCUCCAUACACCCCAGUCCAGCAGUACAAAUAUGGAAAGAGCCAAUUCUGCCACAGAAAAUGAGCAUAAGAAAUUUGCACAGCCAGUUGACUCUGAACACAAGGCAACUGAGUUGCGACUACUCUCGGCUGCAGCACCCCACAUGCGGGCAUUCCAUCUGUCCUGGAUAUCGUUCUUUGCAUGUUUUGUGUCAACCUUUGCAGCCCCACCCCUUCUGCCGGUGAUACGCGACAACCUCAACCUCACAGCCACUGACAUUAGCAAUGCAGGAAUUGCAUCGGUCUCCGGUGCAGUCUUUGCCCGAAUUGCCAUGGGGACUGCAUGUGAUCUGUUUGGACCCCGUCUUGCCUCCGCCUCUCUCAUCCUCCUCACUGCACCCGCAGUCUGCUUCACCGCCGUUGCUUCAUCUGCUCGUUCCUUCCUUCUUGUACGGUUUUUCACAGGUUUUUCCCUGGCAACUUUUGUAUCAACUCAAUUCUGGAUGAGCUCCAUGUUUUCUGCUCCAGUAGUUGGAGCUGCCAAUGGCAUCGCAGCAGGCUGGGGCAACCUUGGGGGCGGAGCAACGCAGCUUUUAAUGCCCCUUGUGUUUUCCCUCAUCUGUGACAUCAGUGCAACCAAAUUCACAGCAUGGCGAAUAGCAUUCUUCGUUCCUGCCCUGUUUCAAACCUUAUCAGCAUUUGCUGUGUUGAUCUUUGGCCAGGACAUGCCAGAUGGGAACUUCAAGAGGCUGCAAAAAUCUAGGGACAAACCAAAAGAUAAAUUUUCACAGGUUUUCUUUCACGGAGUCACGAAUUACAGAGGGUGGAUUUUGGCAUUGACUUACGGGUACUGUUUCGGGAUAGAGCUGACAAUUGACAACAUAAUUGCAGAGUAUUUUUAUGACAAGUUCAAUCUGAAACUCCACACUGCAGGAAUUAUUGCUGCGAGUUUUGGAUUGGCAAAUCUGGUUUCUCGGCCUGCAGGAGGAAUAAUCUCAGAUGCAGUAGGAAAGAGGUUUGGGAUGAGAGGUAGGUUGUGGAGUUUGUGGGUGGUGCAGACCCUGGGCGGUGUGUUCUGUGUCAUUCUGGGGCAGCUCGGAUCUCUUGGUGCAUCCAUCGCGGUGAUGAUUGCUUUUUCUUUCUUCGUCCAAGCUGCCUGCGGUCUUACAUUUGGGGUGGUUCCCUUUGUUUCUAGACGGUCACUGGGGAUAAUAUCUGGUAUGACAGGAGGUGGUGGAAAUAUAGGUGCUGUUCUGACUCAGCUAAUUUUCUUCAAGGGAUCCAGAUACUCCAAAGAAAGAGGAAUAACUCUCAUGGGCAUCAUGAUAAUAUGCUGCACCCUUCCAAUAUGUUUACUACACUUCCCACAAUGGGGAGGGAUGUUUUGUCAUCCAUCAUCUAAAGAAAAUGCCACAGAAGAGGAUUAUUACCUUUCGGAAUGGAAUUCAGGUGAAAAGGAGAAAGGUUUGCACGAGGCAAGUUUAAAAUUUGCUGCAAACAGCAGGAGUGAAAGAGGUAGAAGAAUGAACUCUACAGGCACAUCAGUCAGCGAGAGUCCACCGACUGUCUGAUGUUUGCCUGUUGCUUCUCUUGUGGGUUAAACCAUUAAGUAGUCCCCCACAGCUGUCUGCACUGCUCAUGUUUAAGAAGAACUUAUGGUUGUCAUUUUAGUAAAGUUUAUAGUAUAAGCAAGGUAAAAGUUGCAGAGAUUUUGGAAAAAAAGAAGAGGUAUAUGAAAAUUGUUGUUUUGAAUCUUUGUUUUUCGCUUCAUGGCUCUCAGCUCACAUAAAUGAGAAUGAACUAGAAGUAAUUUGUUAAG